AUGGUUAAAGAGUUGGAAAUGAUUGAACAGUUCAAAGACAUGAGUUUGGUCUGUGAGCUGACACCACAGAGUAUGAUGUUGGGUAUGCUGAAGAUCAACAAUGAUUUUCUUAAUAACAUUAAAGAGAGUCAGAAGUUGGAUGUGAAGUUGGUGGACUUUAUGGUUGGAAGUAAUCAGACUGAAAGUAAUGAUUUCAAAGUGGAUGAACAAGGUGCGUUGGGGUUCAGAGACAAAAUUUGUAUUCUUGACAAAGCUGAGUUGAAGAAGAUGAUUUUAGAAGAAACUCAUCGAAGUAGCUUAAGUAUUCAUCCAGGAGCUACUAAGAUGUAUCAGGAUCUGAAGAAGAUCUUUGGGUGGUCUGGAAUGAAGCGAGACGUGGCUCUAAUGGAAAUGGGAUGGCAUUUCUAUGGAUUUUAUGACGAGUUUGUUGAAUACUCUGAGAGGAAGUUGGCAGAGUUAUUCAUCCGUGUGAUUGUGAAGUUUCAUGGAGUUCCAUUGAGUAUUGUGUCGGAUAGAGAUCCGAGGUUCACUUCCAGAUUUUGGGAGAGUUUGCAGGAAGCUUUGGGUUCGAAGCUGAGAUUGAGUUCAACUUAUCAUCCACAGACUGAUGGUCAGAUAGAGAGGACCACUUAG